AUGAUGGCGGCAGCGCUUGAUCAACCCCUUUUUGAAUCUGUCGCGGUUCCUGCGACGACCGCCGCCUCGAUCACUCCCCCUCAUAGCGCCAACGGCAAGAAAGAAGUUCCAGAUGGUGUUCCUUCUGAAUUGUCGGAUCUGGAACUCGAUCCUCAUGCUACUGGUGCGCCAGAGACCGCAUCGGUAGAGGAAGAAGAGGAAGACAUCGAACCAGACCACUAUUAUGGCGGGGGCAAGAUCCCUGUGUUCAAACCGACCAUGGAUCAAUUUCGGGACUUCCAAUCUUUCAUCAACAAGGUCGAGAAAUAUGGCAUGCGGUCUGGAAUUUUGAAGGUUGUUCCUCCAAAGGAAUGGACCGACUCCCUGCCAGCCCUCGACGAAGCCGUCAAGAAGAUCCGUGUGAAGAAUCCGAUCAUGCAGGAAUUCCACGGAUCACAUGGAACUUACACCCAGGCGAACAUCGAGCGACAACGAUCAUACAACCUCCCUCAGUGGAAAGGGUUGUGCGAAGAAAGUAGCCAUCAGCCUCCUGCCCGCAGAGGUGAGAGGCGCCGCAACCAGGAGCGAGUCACUCGUGCUCCCCCCUCCGCCCGAACCCAAACGGCCCGAUCUGAUUCUCAAAAACGUCGCCCGGGACCGGGACGUCCACCCAAACGAUCCAACCAGGUGAAGGUGAAGGAAGAGCCUGCAGAAGAUUCCCUUGAUAAGAUCAAGCCCGAAGGCCCUCCCACGCCCGUGUCUCCUGAAUCCAACCCGGUCGAGGCGAAGACGGAAGAACUGAGCGACGGCGAGUCUCUUCCCACUACCAAGCCGAAAGGACGACAACCUAAAUCGGUCACCUCGCGAAGAAAACACAAUAAAGGCGAUGCGAUUGACUAUGUGGACGAGGAGGCUUUCAGAGACUUUGAUUAUCGCAUCCACGACCACGAGGAAUAUACGCAGGAACGAUGUGAGGAAUUAGAAACCGCCUACUGGAAGUCCUUGAUGUUUAACAAUCCGAUGUAUGGCGCGGAUAUGCCUGGUUCUCUUUUCGACGAGAACAUCACAACCUCAUGGAACGUCGCCAAGUUACCCAAUCUGUUGGAUGUCUUGGGGCAGAAAGUGCCUGGUGUCAACACCGCAUACCUCUACCUGGGGAUGUGGAAAGCUACUUUUGCCUGGCAUUUGGAAGAUGUUGAUCUGUACAGUAUCAACUAUAUCCAUUUUGGUGCCCCCAAACAGUGGUAUAGCAUUUCACAAGAAGAUGCUCCUCGGUUUGAACAGGCUAUGAAGAGUAUCUGGCCCAGCGACGCGAAAAACUGUGAUCAGUUCCUCCGCCAUAAGACCUAUCUUGUUUCUCCUAGUCUCCUCAAGUCUCAGUACGGUAUCACCGUCAACAGGCUCGUCCACUAUGAGGGCGAGUUUGUGAUCACAUACCCGUACGGAUAUCACUCGGGAUACAAUCUUGGUUACAACUGCGCCGAGUCGGUCAACUUUGCGACUGAGAAGUGGUUGGAUUACGGUCGUGUUGCCAAGAAGUGCCACUGCGAGUCUGACAGCGUCUGGAUCGAUGUCGAUGAGAUUGAGCGUAAGCUGCGCGGCGAAUCGACGCCAGAAUACUUCGGUGAAUUCGAAAGUGACCUCGAUGAAUUCGAGGGUGCUUCCGACCUCCUUACCCCACCACGGAGUGUCCCAGAAAAGAGUAACCGUGGCCGGAAACGAAAGCAUGACGGCGAUUCUACAAAGGCGAAACGCAUGCGAGUCAAUGUCGAGGUCCCUCGGAAGAUUCCGUGCGUACUGUGCCCCAACAACCUGGAUUAUGAGGACCUACUACCCACCGAAGAUGGAAAGAAUCACGCCCAUCGGCGCUGUGCCCUAUACACUGAAGAGACCAGUAUCCUGCGUGACGAGACUGGCAAGGAGGUGGUGUGUGACAUUGACAAGAUCCCGAAGGCUCGCAUGGGGCUCAAGUGCCUCUUUUGCCGCGAGGUGCGAGGGGCUUGUUUCCAGUGCAAUUUCGGCAAAUGUACGCGAUCAUACCAUGCCACCUGUGCACUUUUAGCCGGAGUGCAGGUGGAGCAGGGUGAGAUCGCUGUGAUCGCGGAUGACGGCAAUCAUUACUCCAUCCCCAGUGUGGACCUCAAAUGCAAAUACCACCGACAGAAGAAGCCAAGCUGGAUGACGGGCGGCGAUUCUCCCGAUUAUGACCGCAAGCUGAUCGAGACGGCCCGCCGGAUGGUGGCAGGAGACUUGGUGCAAUUCCAGGCCGACAAGGAGAUCAAUGGGGCAGUGGUGCUGGAGAACCGACCAGCGGAACGGACGUUGCUAGUCAAAGUGCUCCCACGCGGGUAA